CUGUUUGGUUACCGUUCUCCUGCUCCGGUGCAAUUGUGUUUUCCUUCUCCCUUUGUGGUCAUUCCCGGAGAGUCUCGGCCCUUUUCUUCCACACUCCUAUCCCCUCAGGGGAAAGAGAUUCGAAGGGAGAGCCGUUCCCUCCCUCUCUCUCCUUUUUCUUCUGGCCCCGCUGGUCCCAAACUCAGAAGCGAGAACUACCUGCCGCACCAGGCCAUAGGUCUAAGAAAAUCAAAAUCAGAAAAGAAUGGACAGUGAGGUGCAGAGGGAUGGAAGAAUUCUGGAUUUGAUUGAUGAUGCUUGGAGAGAAGAUAAGUUGCCCUAUGAAGAUGUUGCAAUACCACUGAAUGAACUUCCUGAGCCAGAACAAGACAAUGGUGGCACAACAGAAUCUGUCAAAGAACAAGAGAUGAAGUGGACAGACUUAGCCUUACAAUAUCUACAUGAGAACAUUCCCCCAGCAGGAAACUAAUUAAGUUCUUAUCUUUCAUGGACAGAGUAUUGUGUACCCAAAAUGUUUUCUUAUAGGUUCCCAAGCUGUAUCUUUAAGCUGUGAGCCACUUGUUUACAAAGUAGAAUUUAAAACUAUUUAUUCAUGAAGAGAUAACUAAUUUAGAUUGCUUAAUAUUAGAGGAUCUUAGCAGGUAUUUAGCUCCACGUACUUAAAUCUCUUCAUUAGCUUGUCUUAAGCUUAAAUAUUCACCUAUAACGUUGGUUUUUGAUCCUCUUGUCAUAGGUUAGUACAAUUUAAUCAAUUGAUUUAAUCAGUCAAAUAGUAAUGAUGUCAAAUUACUGUACUUUGCCUUGCUUUUCUGUUCAAUGUCAUAUCAAGGGAUAGGACAAAGAAUACAUUUGGCCUUAGAUAUGAAAAGCUGAUGAGUCUGUUUAUGCAAACCUGCCAAGACAUUAGAAGAGAGCUCAGUUUUAUAGCUUUACCUCAAGUGUAAAAUUAGCUAGGCAAAAUAUUGCCUUUUAUUUUAGUCGUGUAUUUUGAGUUAAUGUUUUUAGAAUAUUAAUGCCAUUAAUAUGGAGAUAACGUAUUCACAUAUGGGUGGAAUUAGUAUUUUUUUUGUUUUCUUCCAUUAAAUUUAAGAUUUGUACAUAAAA